AUGGACCACUUCAGGGCCACCACAGUUCAGAACGGAGCUCUGGUAUCGACUCGGCGAGGACUGCAGGUGGCUAAAGUUAAGCAUCGAGGAACUCGCUUCGUCAACACUUUCGCCGCGACGACUCCCCAGCCGGAAAAUUCCACACAGAGACCGGAUGGCUCCACCCCCGUCGACCUUCCCAAGUCCUUAGAGGCAAGGUUCGGGUUCGUGGCGAAUUCGAAGCAGGUUAGAAAAUCUUCGGGUGCGCGCAAGGGCAAGAAUUCCGUACCAGUGCGAAAGAAAUUAAUGGUGCGACGCAAAGCCACUAAUCUCUCGAGCAACGACUUGAGCGACGACCUCGCUCUUGUCCUUGCCAAGGACUCGGCAAGGUUGCCACCCAUUAGCAAUUGGAGGCCGAAGCCGUGGAAGACACACGCCGGCUACAACCACUUUGGCUUCGAAAUUGCCGAAAUGAGCGGAGAAAUGGUGCACGCCUACUUUUCCCUCGUUCCUCCCAAAAUGUACCCUCUCGGGGAAAUACUCCUCUUCAACCCCAUUCGGACACCGUCUUUCUUCGAGAGAGCACAUAGCAACCUCGUUACUAUGCAUUGCGUCGCCAUGGCUGGUUCCCUGUUGGAGUCGGUUGUGAGGGGCAGGAGGAGCUCAACAGAAAUGGCGUUCUACAUCGGCAAGGUGUGUAACAUGGUGAACGAAAAGCUGCAAGACAGGUUCUAUCGGAUCGAGCCUACUGUAUUAGAGUGUGUUGUAGCUAUGGCUACCCUGGCUGGUUUGCGGCGGAUGAUCGAGUUAUGCAACGGCCUUCAGAAAAGCUUUGGUUACUGCCUCAACAAGGUCCGCAGGUUAGUGGUUGGAACCGAAAUCUUCCUGAUGACGUGGCUGAAGUCGCACUUUAGGGGGGACAUUAAAGGGGCGGCCAUUAUCGGCGCCCUCCCGUACCUCGACUAUCCCCGCUUCUACGAUCUCAUCUCCAAUAAACUCGCUCCUGAAGUCCGCGCCGACAUUGUCGACAAAGCCACUUCCGUCCUCAACCCUUGCGCUCUCAAUCCCGUCAUAACCGACGCUAUAAUCUCCCUAGCAAAGUUUGCAAACAUCGUAACAAUAGCGCGGGACGACCCAACCCAUUCUAUGAAGUUCGAUCCGGAUGCGUUUAUCGAAGAGUGGUUCUGGGUCGAGUACAAGAUUAUCAAGUACCCUGGACCAUUGCGCGACGAUACCACCUCGACGAUCGGCAUCCCCCCGGUCGCCGUCGACAAGCCGGCACGCCUGCAAACUUACAACGCCGGAGUGCCAAGGGUCCCGAGCAUCAAGUAUUCGCCGACACCGGACCUCCGUCCAACACCGUCCAAGAACCUUCUCGAGCCCGCCGUGCGGCUCGCCGCCACGCUUUACAUCGAGGAGCUCAUACCGGACGACCCUCGCUCGCUGAAUGCUUAUGCCAUCCUCCUCAGCUUGCUGCGGUACCAGGUCGACACCAUUCUUAAGCAACUGCAGUCACGUAUCAUCUUUGGAAUGCUUCUUGACAACAACAAUCAGAAAGACGGCCUCCCCUCUUUCUCCGCCUUGAAACCCGUCAUUAUUUGGGUCUGCAUUGUAGGGUAUAUCACGUCGCUGAUAGCUGACAAGUACGAGAGCUCCCAGAACUCCGACCGGCACGACCGUACUGUGUUCAGAGAGUGCCUCUCUCUGAUCGUUGGGCCCACCCCAGAGUGUGUGGAUAAAAUGACCGAAAGCGACUUCGCCAUGUGCCGGGUGCUGGAGCUGGGUUGGCUCAAGAUGAACGACUGGGGAGACCGCAAGAUUCUAAAGUUGAUUAUCAAGGAGCGUAUUAUAGGAGAGCUUCAGAACUACGACUAUUACUAA